AUGCAGAAUAUCUCACCAACUGAAAAUUCAGCGAAGAAUGACUUCGCCAAUGAAUAUGGUAAGGCUACUUCGAAAAGUAACGUCGAAUGUCAAUUAUGCAGCCAGGACGUUGCCAGUAUCCCCAACGACUAUUUAAUGGAACUGGUAAAUAUUGUCUAUCGAAGAACAAACCUUGAUGUGACAAAGGUCGAAGAAAUAAUAAGGAUGACUUUAAACCAUAUGCAAAAUACAAUUCCAUCAUUAUCAGGCACUUUACAAGUUAUCCUGAAUUCAUCUUCUUACGCAAAUACUAAAACCGGCUCUUCUAAGGCUUAUGAUAGUGCUCUAUCUGGGACUUUAACAAAAUUAAAAUUUCAUUUGAGUCAUCAAGCUAAGAAUGACAUGAAAAAAGAGGAUAACGAUGUUAUUCAUGAUCUGUUAGAAGAGUUACUUGACAGUUUGAAUGUUGAAGAUCCUGAUGGAUAUCAUCACUUAAUCCAACAAGAUGACUAUCAUAUUAUUCAAAUUUUAGUUUCUUGCUUUCAGCUGAACUACGCACCAUCUUUGAAGCUGCUAUUAGCCCAAAUCUUUGGCGUAAUUUGUUAUACUAUGAGAGAUUCAACAACAAUUUUACUACACAGUGUUCUACCGACAGAGCUGGAUGAAUGGAAUGCAGAACUAAUAGAAAUUUUAUUGGAAAAGAUCGAACGACCUCCUACAAAUGAUGAUAGCGUACAACUGCCUCCAUUAUUUUUAAAAACCAUUUUAUCUUUCAAUUUGCAUAUGAAAGAUUCCAUACGAAAUCCAGUUAUAACUGCUUUACAAAAUGGAAUUACACAAGAAUUCUGUAGCAGUCUGAUUCUUUUGUUCAAUAGAAAUGUUGAUCCUGUUGGUGUAACAGUAUCCAAUCAGAAUCCUUCUGCUGUGAUCAAAAUGAUGCUAGACAUGUUUUCUAGCGAGGCAGUUGCUUCUGUCUUUUACACAAAUGAUGUUAAAGUGAUCCUUGAUAUAAUACUCCGAAAUCUGACUGAUUUACCUAGCGGAGAUAGCGGUCGAUCUUGGAACCUUACUUUACUUAAUAGAGUUGCUGCAAUCAAUAUCACUUCUAAUUUUUAUCGCUCCGAAGAGUUCAUCCCGAUUCUAAGUGAUUUGUACAAGGAAGAACCAUGUUUUGAUCGCGAACACAUCGAAAAGCUCUGGCUGGA